AUGAACUUUGAGAGCUUAGCUAAGAAGUUCGCAUCCCAAUUCAUGGCUGGUAUUGUUCGGAAGAAGCCCGCGCAGCAGUUGAUGACCAUUAGACAGGGUCCACAGGAGUCGUUGAGGAGUUACUUACUCCGUUUCAAUCAAAAGAGGUUAGCUGCAGAAAACCAAAGUGAGCAAUUUAUCCAUUGUGCUAUAUAUCAAGGCAUUAGAAAAGAUGGCGCCCUCAUGGCGGAUCUGGCAAGGAGGCCGGUGGAGGGACUGCAGGAGUUCUUGGAUCAAGCAGAAGAAUUCGUGAAUCAAGAGGAAACUCUCCGUGCUUUUUGGGGAGCAGAAGAAGUCGCUAGGGAGAAUCUGGUGACAGAGAAGAAGUUAAAACAAAGAAUGACCUCAGCUGGGAAGGAGGUCAUAGAGCGCCGACCCGUUAAAAGAGUGGAGGAUUACAACUGGACACCUAUUAAUGCCUCGUCAAAAGAAGUUCUCAUGGAGAUUAAGAAAGAACCCGAUUAUAAAAAUACACCUCCGAUAAAGGGAACGCCACACCCUCACAACCUUCAUAAAUAUUGCCAUUAUCACGACUCUUAUGGUCACUUGACGAAUUCCUGUGUAGCUCUAAGGGAAAUGAUUGAGAGGUAUAUUGCUGACGGCAAGUUAACUCGCUUUCUUGCAAAACAGGAAAAUCAGGCAGGUGCGCCACCUGUGCGGCGAGUACCUGGGAAUCGGAAUUCAUCCAGACGUGAAGCAUGUUCGGGAGCGCAAUUGUAUGGUCGAGAGAGGAAAUCGGCCCAGCUGCCGAGAAUUGAUAUGCACGCUAAGAAAGCAGUUCAAAGUGAGCGGAACAGAAGUUGGGGGCACCCAGACAACGCGGUGGAUUUCCCUGAAAUCCAGACUAUUGCAAGGGGCUUUGGCGGGGGAGGUGAGACUUGUACAGCCCGCAGGUCUUAUGCCAAAGAGAUGAGAGGAGAAUCCAUUUACGCUGUCAGGAGGCCGUUGAAAAUGGUGAAGCGAGAGAAGCUAACUAUCGGAUUCUCGGAUGAAGAUUACGAAGGGAUUUAUCUACCUCAUGUAGAUGCCCUUGUGGUUGCAAUGGUGAUAGCGAAUCGAGAGCAGGUGAUGCCUCUAGGGUCGAUUGAAUUGCAGGUCACAGUAGGAACAUCUCCUACACAAAAGACGAUUCCGGUGAAGUUCCUUAUUGUUGAUCGACCUUCGGCUUAUAAUGCCAUUUUUCGAAGGACUGCACAAGUGGAAUUGAAAGCGGUAACAUCUAUACCGCACCUUAGCAUGAAGUUCCCAACUGAAGACGGUGUAGAAGUGGUUCGAGGAGAGAAAAGAGCAGCUCGAGAAUGCUACAAUGCUUCUUUAAAAAAUACUUCAGAAAGUGAGCUCCCCGACAAAGGGGCGACCCUUACAGAAAAAUAG